AUUGGAUUUAGUGAUUUAAAUAUCCGUGAAAAUGUAUGUCUGACUUAUAUAGACAAACGAGCAAGCGAACAGAAAAACAAAAAAAUUCAUUGUGUUGUUUGUUUUAGUCAACAAUAUAAUAACAACAAGUAAGGAGCAGAGGCAGAGAAAAUGGAAGAGUGGUGUGUGUCAAUGCCAAAGAUUGAACUGCAUGCUCAUCUCAAUGGAUCCAUCAGACUCACUACACUCUUAGAACUUGCCAAGGCUUUGACUGAAAAUCAAAAGGGUGCCGUCAAUAUCUCUCAAGUGGAACAUGUUAUCAUGAAACAUGAUCUUUCACUGACAGAAGUAUUCCAACUGUUUGAUCUAAUUCACAAUGUCAUUACUGAUCAUAAUACUGUUACAAGGAUUACAAAAGAGGUCAUUGAGGAUUUUGCAUCAGAUAAUGUUGUCUAUUUGGAAUUGAGGACUACUCCAAAGAGAAAUGAUUCGAUAGGAAUGAGCAAACGCUCUUAUGUUGAUGCUGUAAUGGAAGGUCUGAGAUCAGUUAGCUCAGUUGAUGUUGAUUUCAUUCCAAACACUCAAGAUUCUACAUCUCUUUCCAAUCUUCCUAUCAUUACCAAUGAAAAUUCUAGAAAAAUAAUCAUUGUUAGGCUUAUCUUAAGCAUCGACCGCAGAGAGACAACAGAAGCAGCUAUGGAAACUGUCAAACUUGCACUUGAAAUGAGACAUUUAGGUGUAGUUGGAAUUGAUCUCUCUGGAAAUCCAAAAACUGGUGAAUGGACUACAUAUUUACCAGCACUGAAAUUCGCUCGAGAACAAGGUCUUUCUGUAACGCUUCAUUGUGGAGAGAUACGUAAUUCGAAGGAGAUAAAAAACAUGCUUGAAUUUCAUCCCCAAAGGAUUGGACAUGCUUGUUUCUUUGAGGAUGAGCAUUGGAUAAAGUUGAAGUCUUCUAAGAUUCCGGUUGAAAUUUGUUUGACAUCAAACAUUAGGACAUUCUCUGUAGCAUCUAUAGAAGUUCACCAUUUUGCUUGUUUGUAUAAAGCAAAACAUCCUUUAGUCCUAUGUACUGAUGACACAGGUGUAUUCUCAACAAGGCUCUCCAAGGAAUACAAACUUGCUGCAAAUUCAUUUGGGCUUGGAAGGUGGGAAAUGCUUGAACUAUCAAGAAAUGCUGUGGAAUAUAUAUUUGCAGAUAAUGGAGUGAAGAAUGAUUUAAGAAUUUUUUUCAAUUCAGUAGCAAACAAUAUGGAAGUAUAAGUAGAAUUCCAUCUAAGAAAAUAUUUUUGUUUAGUUCAUAUUGAUGACUAUGUGUCAAGUAUUACAAUAAUCGACAAUUGGACACAUGUUAUUAUAGCUUUAUUUUUAAUAGAAAAUAUUAUAAUUAAUGUUAACAAUAUUUGCACUUUUAAUUUUACAAGAUGUCACAUAAAAAAAGUGAUUGAGGA